AACGACUUCCCGAAGUUUAAUAUUUAAUAGAUCAACGCAAAAAUCUCGAAAUAAUGGCUUGAUGUCUGAUUGCCAUAUUGUCUUUUAAUCAUUGCUCUCUGCUGUCAAAAGAACAGUUAUGAAAACUUACCAUCAGAUUUUGAUCCUUUGAGCUUAAGGCCUUGAAGAUUUUGAUGGAAUUAUUAACUGAUGGCGUCCGUUGUAUUCCGGCUUUGUGACAAAGCGCCGGAUAUUCUUAGAGAAGUUUGUUUGGAACGUGGAUGGGAAGAAUACGACGAAAGUAGAAGUGAAUCGAAUGGCGAGUGGAACUUGUGGUGGAAAACUCAGGGCUUUACUUCAGGCGAAUUCGAACACUGUCGUCCCUGGCAACGCCUGAACCACUUCCCAAAAUCGACAAAUAUCACAAAAAAAGAUGGUUUAGCCAGAAAUCUUCGGCGAAUGAGAACGUCCUAUGGAGGCUCCAUGUUUGAGUUUUUCCCACAAACAUUUAUUCUGCCUAAUGAGUAUAGAAAGUUUGUUGCAGAAUUCUCUAAGCAAGAUGGCAGCCAAACAUCCAAUUACUGGAUUUGCAAGCCGACUGAGCAGUCAUGUGGGAGAGGUAUUUUUAUUUUUCAAGAUCUACAUGAUCUCACUUAUGACUGUGCUGUUGUUGUGCAAAAAUACAUUAUCAAACCAUUUCUUAUCUCGGGUUACAAAUUUGAUUUGCGUUUGUAUGCAAUAGUAACAUCAUAUCAUCCUUUCCUUCUUUACAUCUAUCAUGAGGGUCUUGUGCGGUUUAGCACAGAAAGAUUUGAUUUGUCCUCACUUGACAAUCGCUUUUCGCAUCUUACGAACACCAGUAUUAACAAAACUGGACCACAAUAUUCCGCAGAAAAAGAAAGCAUUGGAACUGGUUGUAAGUGGACACUGAGUAAACUGCGUCAUUUCUUUCACAAACAUAACAUUGAUGAUCGCCUGUUAUGGCACCGCAUUACAUCUAUUAUAAUCAUCACACUGCUUUCACAAAUGCAAGACAUACCUAGUAAUAGUUCAAACUGUUUUGAGCUAUUUGGCUUUGACGUUCUCAUUGAUGAAAAAUUAAAGCCAUGGUUAUUGGAAGUGAAUUUCUCACCAGCACUUGGUAAUGAUUGCAGUCAAGAUGAGAUAGUUAAGAAACCAUUGUUGAAUGAUAUUUUGGAGAGCCUAAACUUUACUGAGGUGGACAUCAAGAGAGGGGAAACAGAAAGAGGAAGUAAUUCAACCAGACAAAAGGGGUUGAAAUUAAGCAGUGUAAAAAGUGGCACAGCAAGAAAUGGUAAAAGCCUGUCCUCAAAAUCCAAAAUUGGCUAUGAUCUGUCUUCACUGGAAGCAGAAUGCAGAUUUAAGCAACAUGCUGACUUUGUCAAGAAGCCAGUUUCAGAUGCAAAAAAGCAGUAUGCUCACAUGGGUCUUCAAAAUCAAAGGCCAAGCUAUCUUCGAAGACAUAAAAGUGAUGUUACUCUGUCUGUUUUCAGCAAAAAUGACAAAGCAGCAAACUGCAAUCACAACGGCAAACUACCAUCCUCCAAGAGCAGUGUUUGUUGUAAUAGAAGAUUCAGCACUUCAGAGUAUUUUGUCAAAGCUGGAAAAAUCAACUGCAAUGGACCUGAUCAAGAUGAAAUGAACAAAAACACAGUGGCAUCAUGUGAUGACAUUGGUUUUCAAAGUAACCCUGAUUGUGCCACAUUUGCAGAAGAAAAUCUUUCACUUUCCACAGAUCCAACAAAAGAAGUUGAAAAAAGUUGCACAGAAGGUGAACAAAUAUCUUCUUUGUCAACAGUGAGAGGUCAAACUGAAAGUCAGACAUCUCUACAUUUAUCUCAAUUUGCAAACAAGAGCAACCAACUGCCUCCUCACUUGCGCUUUUGUCGAUCCUAUUCAGAAGCAUCAUCACUUAACUCUCUUCAGUUGGUUGAUAACCAGAGUUUGUCCAACAGAAGUCAAAAAACCUUGCAUCACAUUUCCUCAAGGUACUCAAGGCACCCUACAGGGAGAACUCCUAGAAACAAAGCAACUUCGGUCAUUGUGAAACUUCAGCCUAAAAUUGGUAAUUGCAUCCUUGCCUUUCCUUUUAAUGAAGUGACACAUAAAGCCAGUAAGGGGAAGCUAGAGCAGAAGAUAGUUGUUACAGAAAUCAGGAAAAUGUUGAAGGAAAUAAGUAAUGACAUAAAAUCAACACCACUUCAAACCAAUGAGGAAUCACUGGAUUUACAAAAACCAUUUUGGGGGUAUAGGUUAAAAUUCAAUACCUUUUAUAGCUCCUUACUACCAGAUGUUCAGUAAGAAGUUUCCUCUUUGUUUUUCAUUUUCUUGGAGAGUAUUGGUGUUUAAGCUAUAAAAUUAUUUUUUGAAGACGGUAAUGUUUGUUAGGAUUACUUUUUGUGGGGUUUAAAAUGCAACAAUUAUUAUUAUGCCAAUAAUUUGAAUUAAUUUUUGAGAGAAAAUGGUGACAUAAUUAAACUGCACCCUUUAAUAAAAAAGAAGGUUGAUAAAGAAAAAGGUUUAAUUUCAAAAUACUUCAUUUGGAAGGUUUAAUUUAUUUUGGUGAAUGAGGGCUUUGAAUUAAUAGCUUAAUGAAUUAAACACAGAAGCAUUAGGUUACUUGGAAUCACACACCAAAAAAAUACAAUGUAUUUUGAUAUUAAAUAACUUAAAUAAAAAUAGCUUUUCUUUUUUUUUUAAAAGGAGAAACAGAUAGUACAUAAAAGAAUCAAAAGUGAACAAGUUUAAAAAUGUGUUGCUAUAAACUGCAACAUUCAUGUGAAUUUCAAAAAUGCAUUCCCAAUUCAGUUUUCCAUAAUGUGUUUCAUUGGCUUAUGAUCUCCUUUGUAAACUUGCCAGUGUGCAACAUUGCAUCAUCUGUAAUAGGUGCCUUAUCAACCUUUUCACACCCAGAAGUGACCAAGAGGUAAUUUCUCCUUACAAUAUCAAUAUACUAUUCAGCAGAGAGGUGUUUAGCAUAAAGAAAAAUAUCAACAAGGACAUACUCUUUGAUUAAAACAAAAAUCUCAGAACUGACAUAUUAUAAAAUGUAUGGAGGUAGAGAAGAGAAUUUCUCUGGAGAUCUGGGGAGUGAAAGGGUGUAACCUGCGUACUAAUGAUUUUGGUUAAUUCACAUGAGGAAUGAUUUUGACAAUGAAAAGACUUUUCUCAUGCAUGUGUGCUCUCUUGCAUGAAUCUUGUGUGCCUUCUCAUUGCCUGCCAUGGAAGUUGCAAAUUGUGUUAAAUUAGAGAAUUCUGUUCCACAUUGGUAAAAGUGCUGAUGGGAAAAUUGUGAUAUGAUGGAGAAAAACAACUCCUGGCAUGAUGUGAUACAGUGUGAUUUGGAGUGUUAAAAAAUAAAGCAUUAAUUUCAAAAA